GGCCGUCAUAAACUUUUUUUUCCCUCCACUCUGUCACCGCGCGCAGCGAUACAUCUGCGUAUCUGAAUAUGUUAUGUGUCUGUCGCUCCUGUCCCUGUCCCCCACACCCUGACCGAUGUCGACGCGACCUCACCUCCCCCUCUUUUAUUAAUUCUCGUCGAAAGCAGAGGCAGAGGCAGAGGCAGAGGCAGAAGCGGUAAAAGCGGCGACCGAGAAGCGCUUCUUCUCCGCGCCUCUCCCCGCCGAGCGAGCGAGCGACAUGGGCGAAGAAGAUCGCGUCGACGCCCACGAGAGCAGCCCCGAGGAGGCGACGAAGAAGAAGAAGCGGCGGAGGCGGAGGCGGAGGCGGAGGAGGCGGAACACCGCGGAGGAGAUCCUCGCCGCGCGGUUCGUGCGCCGCUGGGCGUUUCCCGGCGCUCCGAGCGGCGACGACGAGGAGGGGGAGGGGGAGGGGGAGGGGAUCGCGUCGCCGUUGAGGCGCGAGAGGCGCGUGGUGUUCGAGCUCCACGCGCACUCCACGUGCAGCGACGGGUUCCUCUCCCCGUCCGCGCUCGUGGAGCGAGCGCAUCGGAGCGGGGUUAAAGUUCUCGCACUAACUGACCAUGACACAAUGGCUGGUGUCGCUGAGGCCAUGGAAGCUGCUCGCAAGUUUGAUAUUAGGAUUAUUCCUGGGGUUGAGAUUAGUGCUGUUUGUUCUCCAAGGGAAGAGGCUGAAGCUGCAGAACCUGUUCAUAUUCUUGCAUACUAUGGUAGCUGGGGCCCUGCAAAAUUUGAAGAACUAGAGGAAUUAUUGGCAAACAUUAGAAAUGGCCGGUAUCUUCGCGCGAAAGAGAUGUUGCUGAAGCUCAGCAAACUCAAGAUGCCUCUUAAGUUUGAACAAAUUUCUAAUAUAGCUGGGAUUGGAGUGGCUCCAGGAAGGCUGCAUGUGGCUCGUGCCAUGGUUGAAGCCGGCUAUGUAGAGAAUUUGAAGCAAGCUUUUAGCAGAUAUUUGUAUGAUGGGGGACCUGCUUAUGCUACUGGAAGUGAGCCGGUGGCAGAGGCUGUGGUGCAGUUAGUUAGUCGCACUGGGGGUGUAGCAGCUUUGGCUCAUCCAUGGGCGUUGAAGAACCCAGAAGCUGCCAUCAAAAACUUGAAAGCUGCUGGUCUUCAUGGUAUAGAGGUUUAUCGAAGUGAUGGAAAGUUGUCUGCAUUCAGUGAUCUGGCUGAUGCUUAUGAUCUUGUAAAAAUUGGUGGGUCGGACUAUCAUGGAAGACGCGGGAAUGAAGAACCAGACCUGGGAAGCGUAGAUCUUCCCGUUUUAGCUGUUUUUGAGUUUUUGAAGCUAGGUCGACCUAUCUGGUGCAAUGCUUUGAAAGAGAUUCUGUCUACUUUUCCUGAAGAGCCAUCUUGUACCGAUAUGGAGAAGAAUUUUGGGUUUGGAAAUCAAUUGGACCUUGAGGUCUUUUCAAGUAUGAGCUGUGGCAAAGAUAGUCUUGAUUUGUGUCGAUCACUUUGGCCAACCAUAGAAGAAAAGGAGGCUUCUGAGCUCGAGGUGAUCAAAAUGAAACUUUCUUAAAUUUUUGUUAGUAAUAGAGGAUUCAAAACGGCUACCAUAAGCAGAUGAUGCCUGGGCCUGGGCCUCUAGUUCCACUUUCCUGUUUUCUUGGGCAAAUCUGUGAACUUUUUGACUUGGGCAACACAUUGGUUUUCAUCAAAGGUGUAUAGAGUUGUCAGAUUGGAUCUCUAGUUGCUUUAUUUCUGGAAAAAAAACAGCCACUUUAUAACAGUUUUAUUUUGUCCUUUUUGUAUCUAAUGCAAGCACUGGGCAAGUAGGGAGGCAUUAGUUGCAAAUGAAGGAUAACACUUAUGCCUCCAUCUUGACUCUUUGGGAGAUGAUCUUUUGCAUGAGCAAUAGAUUUUCUGCAAAUUGUUUCUACGUUCAUGUGUGUGACUUGAUUUCUGAAUUUUUCUAUCUUCAUCACUGUUUGGCUGAUUUUCUGCAACCAAAUGCUAUGCAUUGCUCAAA